AUGGAUCACCGUCCGCAAGCUUGGGGCCGCCCCAGAGAUGACGUCUACGGCGCCUAUGACAACACAUUCAUGCACGAUAACAACGGCCCCAAGCAGAACACCCAGCAGCCCAUCGUCACCGGUACCUCCGUCAUCGCCAUCAAGUUCAAGGACGGCGUCGUCAUUGCCGCCGAUAACCUAGCCUCGUACGGCUCCCUCGCACGCUUCACCGACGUCAAGCGCCUCCGCACCUUCGCCGACUCCUCCGUCCUCGGUUUCAGUGGCGACGUUUCGGACAUGCAGUACCUCAACCGCCACCUCACUGACCUCACCCUCAGCGAGGCCUACACCUCCCCCGAUGAGCCGCGCCUGAACGCCGCUAACCUCCACCGCUACCUCGCCAAGUUGCUCUACAAUCGCCGCUCCAAGUUCGACCCGCUCUGGAACCACCUACUCGUCGCCGGCCUCGACGACGAGGGUGAGCCCUUCCUCGCUGCCGCCGACCUCCUCGGCAGCACGUAUAGCGCCCCUUCCCUCGCCACCGGAUUCGGCGCCAUGCUGGCCCAGCCCAUUAUGCGCCGCCAUGCCCCCGACGAGGAGGCGGCCCGCAAGCUCUCCCAGGAGGAGGCCGUCAACAUCAUCAAGGAGUGCAUGAAGGUUCUGUACUACCGCGAUGCCCGCAGCUUGGACUCGUACUCCAUCGCUGUCGUCACCAAGGACGGCGUCGACCUCAAGGAGAACGAGAAGUUGGAGGCCCAGAGCUGGGCAUUUGCUGAGAGGAUCAAGGGAUACGGUACUCAGACUGUCUAA